GCAGAAUAAGCUACCCGGCCACUGCUUCCCUUCUGUUGCGCAAGCAGCCAACCGCCUCCAAUUGAUACAGUACAGCCGUAUCAUCGCAGUUUGAAAACCCCAAACCACACGAUACCACAUUACGUUUAAAAUGGCGGCCCCGAAAGAAGCUACAGAGGCGCAACUAGCUCACCAAGCCCUCCUCGACGAGCUCGACAUCCACUCCAUCCACAAGAGCUUCCGCAACCCGUCCUGGAAACCCAACCAGCGCCGCAACAAGAACAUCAAGACCAUCCUCGGUGACGCCUCCCGCCGCGAGGCCUCGGCCCUGGCGACCCCGCAACAAGAAGAGGGCAGCGCCGCAGCCACGCCAGCGCGGACGACGCGUGGCGGUCGCGGCGGCAACGACGACGACGGCCUCUCUACCAGCGGCGCCUCGACACCCGCCGCCGGCAACGGAAGCGGCAACAACGACAACAACCCGAACCUCGCGCAGGCUUCGCGCAGCCUGUCGAAAUUGGUUCUUGAAAAGAGCCUGCGCCCCAACGGUGGUGGUGCCGCCGGUGGCUCGGGCCCGAGUGUUACGUACACCAACGUCGAGUCGGCGCCGUCGCUGGCGCACACGAAGCGGUACUGCGAUAUUACGGGGUUGCCGGCGCCGUACGUCGACCCCAAGACGCGGCUGAGGUAUCACGACAAGGAGGUGUUUGGGCUGAUCCGGACUUUGCCGCAGGGCGCGGCUGAGCAGUAUCUCGAAGCGCGUGGUGCGCAUACUGUUCUCAAGUAAGGGGUGUCUACUGCUUCAAAUCGUACGGAUACCAUCUUAUGGGCCGGUCGGACAUCGACGGCGGCGGCGUGAGGCACGAUGCUUCAGCUUUAAUAGGUCAGGCGUUAAGGGGGGUCAAGACUAUGGUCGUGAACCAAGGUUCGGAGUCACCGGGGG